CACAGAAAUCCAGUCCAGUGGAGUCAAGAGUGUCAGCAGAGUUUUGACCAGCUAAAGCAAGUCCUCCUACAGAUCUGUAGUCACUUCCUCUGACGAUGGUAGAGACACUGGAACGAACAGAGCUCUGCACCCUUCCCCUUAACACCUCCUGCACGUCGACGCCUGUUUCUCCCAAAGUCAUGCUCAUCAAAACACUGCUGUACUGCAUCGCUCUGCUCACUGUGACGCUCAACCUGUUGGUUGUAAUCUCCAUCUGUUACUUCAGGCAGCUUCACACCUCCACCAAUGUCUUCCUCCUCUCCCUGGCUGUGUCUGACUUGUUUGUGGGCCUUGUACUGAUGCCAACUUCAGUUGCCACGCUGCAGUCCUGCUGGUUUCUUGAUAAAAUUACAUGUGCUCUCUGGAUCUUGUUGAGCUCUAUUCUCACCUCCUCCUCUGUUGGAAACAUGGUGCUCAUAUCAGUUGACCGUUACGUGGCCAUUUGUGCCCCUCUGCACUAUUCUUCCAUGAUAACGCAAAGAAGAGCUAAAAUCUGUGUGUCUUUGUGUUGGAUCUGUUCUGUUAUCUACAACUUCAUAAUACUAAAAGAUUUCUUGUUACAAACAGAUAUGUUAAAGUUCUGCUCCCAAGAAUGUACAUUUAUCAUAAGUUACAUAUCAGGGGCAGUAGACUUUAUUCUGACCUUUUUUUGUCCUGUUACUGUUAUCAUAGUUCUCUAUAUGAGAGUGUUUGUGGUGGCUGUGUCACAGGCACGUGUCAUGCGGUCUCAAAUUGUAGCUGACAAAUCAAGAACUCUGACUGUAGUUGCAAAGAAAUCUGAGAUGAGGGCUGCUAGAACUCUUGGCAUUAUCCUACUUGUGUUUAUACUUUGUCUCUGUCCAUACUACUGUCCUUUUCUAGCAGGACAGGACAUCACAGAUGAUGGUUCAUCACCUGAAGUUUGGCUUUUUUGUUGUAACUCCACUUUAAAUCCUCUGAUUUAUGCCUUUUUCUACCCCUGGUUUAGAAAAGCCAUUAAACUCAUUGUCAGCCUUCAAAUACUGCAGCCAGGUUCCUGUGAGGCCAAGAUAAUGUAGAAAAUAGCCAUAUACUGUAUAUAAACUGACUUAUUUCAUUAAGAUGAAUUCAGUGUAAUUGAAGGUGAAGUAAAUUUGUUUUGUUUUGUCAACUGUACACAUCAGCUCAGAAUACUUUUUAAAGAACACAGUGAAACCACAGUGUUGUG